GCCCAACAAUGCCGCUCGUCCACGAGCUCAAAGCUGCAAUUUUGGUCGGAAUUUUACUCUUUGUAGUAGCAUCUCUUCGCCUUCUUUAUAUUCUUCCCUCUGUACGGAAGACAUGCCCGGCACCACGCAAACGUGGUGCGCCCACACGGCUACUCAUUGUCCUUGGUAGCGGAGGGCACACAGCUGAAAUGUUUGCAAUUCUAUCCAAGUUAGAUACUGCCAGCUAUACGCACCGCAGCUAUGUGGUCAGCGAAGGAGACAACUUCAGCGCGCAGAAAGCAAUUGAGUUUGAAGAUCAUCUGUCAGCGAGAUUGACCAAAUUAGAGGCUCGAUCUCCAUCACAGUCACCUUCAGCGAGACCACCAGAGCAAAAAAACCGGCAGGCUCCGGGCAAAUCACCGUCUUUAAAUUACGACAUCACGAUUAUUCCGCGCGCACGACGUAUCCAUCAAUCUUUGUGGUCGACGCCCAUUUCAGCCGUCAAGUGUCUCCUCGCAUGCUUUUCUGUGCUCCGAUCUCCUUCAUGGACAGCUCUGAAUAGCGCUGAUAAAGAGAUGGUCGCUGCUAAAGCUACUUAUACCUAUCCCGACCUUGUUCUUACCAAUGGCCCCGGCACUGCAGUAUGCGUCGUGUUGGCGUGCCUGCUGCUCAAAUGCGUUGGAGCGCGUGGUACGCAAAACAAGCUGCGGACAAUUUACGUGGAGAGCUGGGCCAGAGUGCGGGGAUUGAGUCUGAGCGGAAAGAUCCUAGUCCGAUUGGUCGACCGUUUUCUAGUACAAUGGGAGGCACUCAAGGGCGUUGGCGGGGGACGAGGGGAAUACUUGGGCGUUUUGGUCUGAGAUUACCAUUACCUAUGAGCAAAUUACGAAAUGCCAUUCAACGAUAAAAAGGUUAGAGACGUCUAUAACUCUACGUAGAUCUUGCCGGCAACGUAAGAUAUAAGAGACACAUC